AUAUUCAUGACUGCUAUUCUCAAGAGAACACACAUGAUCUGCACUGAGCAUUUGCUCGACGUUCGGCCGGCCUCCUUCAAUAAAUACAGAAAAAAAUGGCAUUUGGCUUUUGUCACCAUCUACUGCUCAAGAACUCUGUUUUCUCUCGUCAGAAAUCAUGAUUCCAAGGUUUUACCCAUUCCUGAUCAUGUCUGUCUAACAAUUCCACCAGAAAAUGGUUGUUUCAAAAUUGAUGAGACCACUCUCACCGACAUUGUGAAGGAGAAAAAGCUUGGGAAGCUUCACAUAAUUGGCGGGGUGAAUGGGGUGGCUUCUUCCCUUCAAACCAGCCUGGAUAGUGGAAUCAAAGGCGGUGCUGAGGACAUUGCUCGCCGACAUGAGGCAUUUGAUUCUAACACCUACAAAAAACCACCAUCUAAGAGUAUCUUCCAUUUUGUGGUGGAAGCUUUCAAGGAUCUCAUGAUUUUGAUCCUACUCGGCUGCGCCGCACUUUCUCUUGGUUUUGGCAUCAAGGAGCAUGGCUUAAAAGACGGUUGGUAUGAUGGUGGGAGUAUUUUCGUGGCUGUUUUUCUGGUCAUUAGCGUCUCUGCCAUCAGCAACUACAGACAGAACAGACAGUUUGAUAAAUUGUCUAAAGUCAGCAACAACAUCCAAAUUGAUGUCAUCAGAGGCGGCAGGCGGCAACAUAUUUCAAUAUUUGAUAUCGUGGUCGGAGAUAUUGUUUGUCUGAAAAUCGGAGAUCAGGUUCCAGCUGAUGGGUUGUUCUUGGAUGAACAUUCUCUGCAGAUAGACGAAUCCAGCAUGACAGGGGAGAGCGACCAUGUUGGGAUGCUUGUCACUGCCGUUGGAAUGAACACGACUUGGGGCCAGAUGAUGAGCCACGUGAACGGCGACAAAAACGAGCAGACGCCCCUGCAAGUCCGGUUAAACAAGCUAACAUCGGCAAUAGGUAAGGUCGAUUUGGCAGUGGCUUUCUUGGCUCUUGUAGUGCUGUUGUUGCUUCUGCCGUUACCAUUGUCGUUGUUGGUAUCCCAGAAGGGCUGGCCGUUGGCUGUUACGCUGACUUUGGCUUAUUCAAUGAAGAAAAUGAUGGCGGAUCACGCGAUGGUCCGGAAGCUUUCCGCCUGUGAAACUAUGGGGUCUGCCACCACAAUUUGCACUGACAAAACAGGUACUCUUACACUUAAUCAGAUGAAGGUGACAAAGUUUUGGCAGGGAAAGGAAGCCAUGGAUGGAGCUUCUUCUUCCAUUUUUCCAUUUAUUGUUAACUUGAUUCAUCAAGGAGUUGCUCUGAACACAACCGGAAGUGUUUACAGAGGUUCUUCAGGGUUGGAAUUCGAAUUCUCUGGUAGUCCAACGGAAAAAGCAAUUCUUUCUUGGGCUGUUCUAGACAUGAAGAUGGAUCCCGAGGAAAUAAAGAGGAAUUUCACAAUUCUCUUUGUGGAAGCUUUCAAUUCUCAGAAGAAACGGAGCGGAGUUCUGAUCAAGAAGAAAGAAGAUAACACACUCCACGUUCAUUGGAAAGGAGCAGCAGAAAUGAUUCUGGCUAUGUGCUCAAGCUACUAUGAUGCUUCAGGAGUUAUGAAAGACCUUAAUGGAGAAGAAAGGAUGGAAUUCAAGAAAAUUAUUCAGGGAAUGGCGGCAAGCAGCCUCCGGUGCAUUGCUUUUGCUCACAAACAAGUUGCAGAAACAGAGGAAGAAAAUGUGAAAGAGAAGAAAAAGCUUACAGAGGAAAACUUGACCUUGUUGGGACUUGUAGGUAUCCAGGAUCCUUGUCGGCCAGGGGUGGAGAUGGCGGUAGAGGACUGCCAGUAUGCUGGAGUAAACAUCAAAAUGAUUACCGGCGACAAUGUCUUCACAGCAAGAGCUAUUGCCAUUGAAUGUGGGAUUCUCUGGCCAGGUCAGGACAUGGAUAGUGGAGUCAUUGUGGAAGGCGAGGAAUUCCGGAAUUAUACACCAGAAGAGAGAAUGGAGAAGGUGGAGAAGAUUUGCGUUAUGGCAAGAUCGUCUCCUUUUGACAAACUUCUCAUGUUGGACCUUAAUAACAUACCGUGUCUCCUGAUUCCUUUCUUUCACUUCCUGACUACCCCACCAGUGCCUCGUCUCAAACAAUUUCCUCCUUCAAUUUACUUUUCGAUUUCUUCUUCGAUUUCCCGUGGGGAUUUCUAAUUUCCUUUUAGUCUCCUUUUGGAAUCAUCUUAUGGGGAUUUCUACCUGGGGAAUUGUUAUCUGUCCCUUUCUCUCGAAAUCUUGCUGAGAAAGUUAAUCCGUCCUAAAUUGUUUCAAGUGGUGCAAGCAGCCUCGAUUUCUUCUACAAGAUCAAUCCUUGGUCCAAUCAAUGUCCUAGAGCCCUCAAUUUAUGGAGAAAUUAAGCAGAGGAAGCUUCCCCUAGACUCAAAUGGAUGGUGAACUCAGGUGCCUGGUGGAAUGCAACCGUGAUGUUAUGGAUCUGAAACCACACUAAUACAAUCAAGAUAAAUCACUGUUGGAAUAUAGACACCACUGUUGUUUCUGGAUCUAGAACACCAUCCUUGAGCACCUGAUAAAUCAUCAUGAAACUGAUUCAGCAACAAAAGCAAAUACGUGAAGAUUUACCAAGAAAAAAGGCAAAUACAUGAAGAAUCAAAUAAAUAAAUCAGUCAGCUACUUUCCACAACACACACAAAAAGAAAAAAAAAAGAAAAAAAAAAGGGUUUUCAAUUCCUGAUCUUCUAUGGAAUCCUCCCACUAGGUUUUUGGGAAUAUAUUCUUCGUCCUCAAUUAUUGACAACAGUUAUCUCGGAUGUCUCUGGACAAUCUAGCUCAUAACGAUCGACAAGGUGAAGUCAACAUCCUUUCUGUAUCUCUUUCGCCCUUUUGGGCCUCCCACGUUAAAAGACAAAGUGCCCGUUAAGAGUUGGACCUGAAUUGUACAGCUGCAAGCCCAGUUGGAUUUUUUGUAAAUG